GGGAAGAUGACGGGCCGCAGUUCCAUACACACCCCCCGCUCCUGUGUGUGACACAUCGCUGAGCAUCCUGCGCUGAGCCGAGCGGGGAGCGCAUACACAUUGCGCUGGAUGGGCUGGCACCCCGUGUGGCCAUUGGCAACUAGCGGACGGGAAGGCUGUGAUUGCUGAGAGGUGCCUGAGCACAUGGGGCGCUCCGUUGGGCUGGGGGAGCAGGAAUAUCGCUGAGGAAAUGAGGCGCACUGUCUGGGUAGCACAGGAGCGCAGCGCUGGCCCAAGGGGAUGCGCCCGAGUAGCGCCAGUGUGAUACCUGCCGAGACCGCAGCGCACUCCGGUGCCCACAGAACCAUGAUGGGAUUACCCUACUCAUUGCUUUUCUAUUUUAUUCUAAAAGUCUGUGACGUAUUGGCCGCAGCAGAUAAUGAAACCUACACGACACAACCAAGUUUGACCACCCCCCCUGAAAAUGACACUGGCUCGCUGCUGACAUCAGUGCUGGUGCCCCUCCUCGUCUGCUUUGUCCUUAUUCUGCUGGCCGGAUACCUGUUAAGGUCCAGAAAACACAGAAAGGCAGAUGUCAACACCAGUGACAAGAAGAUGCCCAAUGGAAUCCUAGAGGAACAAGAACAACAAACAGUGAUGUUGCUGAGCAGCUCGCCCACGGUCUAUAAGAAGUACUUCCCUAUUCCGGUGGAAAACCUGGAGGAGGAGUUUAGGAUAAGAUCAGCGGAUGACGGGAAACUCUUCCGAGAGGAGUAUAAUUCAUUGCAGCCUGGGAGUAUACACGGAACACAUGAAGCAGCGAAUAAAGAAGAAAAUAAAGAGAAAAACAGAUACCCCAACAUUCUGCCUUAUGAUCAGUCCAGAGUUAUUUUGAUACCAGUUGAUGGCGGACCUUGUUCCGACUAUAUUAAUGCUUCCUACAUAGAUGGUUAUAAAGAAAGGAAUAAAUUCAUAGCAGCCCAAGGCCCCAAGCAAGAAACCGUUAAUGAUUUCUGGCGGAUGAUUUGGGAGCAAAAAUCUGCCACUAUAGUCAUGCUUACCAACCUGAAAGAAAGGAAGGAGGACAAAUGCUACCAGUACUGGCCUGACCAGGGGUGCUGGAUCUACGGAAAUAUUCGCGUUGCUGUGGAAGAUGUGGUAGUCCUUGUAGAUUACACAAUCCGCAAGUUCUGCAUUCAGCCGGUUCAUGAUGGCUGCAAGGCACCCCGGCUCAUCACUCAGUUGCACUUUACCAGUUGGCCCGACUUUGGAGUUCCCUUCACACCUAUCGGGAUGCUGAAGUUCCUAAAGAAAGUGAAGUCUGUGAAUCCUGUCCAUGCUGGUCCCAUUGUUGUUCAUUGCAGCGCCGGCGUUGGGCGGACGGGCACUUUCAUUGUAAUAGAUGCCAUUAUAGACAUGAUGAAUGAAGAAAAGAAGGUCAAUGUCUUCGAUUUUGUCUCAAAGAUAAGGAAUCAGCGCCCUCAGAUGGUCCAGACGGAUAUGCAGUAUUCAUUUAUUUACCAGGCCUUACUAGAAUACUACCUCUAUGGGGACACGGAGCUGGAUGUGGCCUCUUUAGAAAAGCACCUCCAGGCUCUGUACACUCCGGCACCACAUUUUGAUAAAAUAGGGCUGGAGCAAGAAUUCAAGAAACUCACCAGUGUUCGAAUUAUGAAGGAGAACAUGAGAACGGGAAAUUUACCUGCCAACAUGAAGAAAGCCAGAGUGAUACAGAUCAUCCCUUAUGAUUUCAACAGAGUGAUUUUAUCAAUGAAAAGAGGAGAAGAAUACACAGACUAUAUAAAUGCCUCUUUUAUUGAUGGUUACCGGCAGAAAGACUAUUUUAUUGCAACCCAAGGGCCACUUCCUCACACAGUGGAAGAUUUCUGGAGGAUGGUGUGGGAAUGGAAAUCUCAUACUAUUGUCAUCCUCACAGAGCUGCAGGAAAGGGAGCAGGAAAAAUGCUGCCAGUACUGGCCAUCGGAGGGCACUGUAACGCACGGGGAAAUAAAUAUAGAAAUUAAAAGUGACCGACUCCUGGACACAAUAAGUGUGAGAGACUUCAUAGUUACAAGCAGCCAGGAAAAGCAGACUCGGUUGGUUCGGCAGUUUCAUUUUCAUGGCUGGCCUGAAAUUGGGAUUCCUGCAGAAGGGAAAGGAAUGAUCGACCUCAUUGCAGCAGUCCAGAAACAGCAGCAACAGACAGGGAACCACCCAAUUGUUGUACAUUGCAGCGCGGGAGCUGGAAGAACAGGGACAUUCAUUGCACUAAGUAACAUUCUGGAGCGAGUGAAGGCGGAAGGAUUGCUGGAUGUUUUCCAGACCAUAAAAAGUUUACGGAUGCAAAGACCACAUAUGGUGCAAACACUGGAACAAUAUGAAUUCUGCUAUAAAGUGGUACAAGACUACAUUGACAUAUUUUCCGAUUACGCCAAUUUCAAGUGACAGCAGCUGCGGCCAGGGGGGAGGAGCCUCGCUGUUUUUUUUUUUUUUUUAAUCUGUACAAAUCCUGUAAUAUUAUCAACUGUCUUGGGGUUAAUUUAUCCUGCUUUUGACAAUAUGCUUUUGUAUUCCAAGCCUAAUGUGCAUCCAGUGUCUCAGCCUUGUGUUGUAUAAAGAUUAAAAUGCACACGUUCAUGGGCGGGCGGGCGGGGGAGGGGCAAUCCAUGUACAAUAAUGUAUAUAUUUAUUUAUUUACAAAUGAAAUGUAUAUUAUCUUACAAGAGACUUAUAUGCAGA